AUGGCAUCCACAGUAGCGAUAAAGGCGCCAAGAAUCAAGCUGGGCUCACAGGGCCUGGAGGUAUCUAAACAAGGGCUGGGCUGCAUGGGAAUGUCCUUUAGUUACGGGCAGCCGAAGCCCGAGCCCGACAUGAUAGCACUCAUUCACCAUGCCAUUGCCUCCGGAGUCACCUUCCUCGACACCUCUGACGUAUAUGGACCCUACACCAACGAGCUUCUCAUCGGCAAGGCUUUGACAGGAGGACUGAGAGAGAAAGUGCAAAUAGCCACCAAGUUUGGGAUUAGUCUCAAGGAUGGCAAGAUGAAAAUUAGUGGUGACCCAAAAUAUGUGAGGGCUGCCUGUGAAGCAAGCUUGGAGCGGCUUAACAUCGACUGCAUUGAUCUCUAUUACGUACAUCGAAUUGACACCAGCGUGCCUAUUGAAGUCACGAUGGGAGAACUCAAGAAACUGGUUGAAGAGGGGAAAAUAAAAUAUGUUGGUUUGUCAGAGGCCUCUGCUUCAACAAUCCGAAGGGCUCAUGCCAUUCAUCCAUUAACUGCUGUUCAGACGGAGUGGUCCUUGUGGUCAAGAGAUUUAGAAGAAGAAAUAGUUCCUACUUGCAGGGAACUUGGUAUUGGAAUCGUCCCAUACAGUCCACUGGGACGGGGUUUCUUCUCAGCAGGACCCGAGUUGAUUGAGAACUUGUCAGAGGGUGACCAUCGUAAGAAAUUUCCGAGGUUCCAAGCAGAAAAUCUUGAAACUAACAAACUAGUAUUCGAAAGGGUCAGUGAAAUGGCUAAAAUCAAAGGUUGCACACCGUCCCAACUAGCAUUGGCUUGGGUUCAUCACCAAGGAGAUGAUGUUUGUCCCAUACCCGGUACCACUAAGAUCAAGAACUUGAACCAGAAUUUUGAAGCUUUAUCCGUGAAAUUGACACCCGAAGAGAUGGCUGAGCUUGAAUCCUUUGCUUCUGCCAACAUGGUUAAGGGCGACAGACAUGUUUACAUGGCAAACACAUGGAUAAACUCAGAGACGCCCCCACUAUCCUCUUGGAAGCCCGAUGGAGUCCCAGUUCCACAGCUAAUCUCUCUCAAUCGUCUUCCCUCCGGCGGCUCGCAACACCAUCUACGAUCGCCAUAG